AUGAGGGAAAUCGUUGACCUGCUGCUUGACCGCAUCUCCGUGUACCACAAUGAAGCCACGGGUGGCAAAUAUGUUCCUCGGGCUAUCUUGGUGGAUCUAGAACCUGGGACCAUGGACUCUGUUCGCUCAGGUCAUUUUGGCCAGAUCUUCAGACCAGACAACUUUGUUUUUGGUCAGUCUGGGGCAGGCAACAACUGGGCCAAGGGCCAUUAUACAGAGGGGGCUGAGCUGGUUGACUCCGUCUUGGAUGUUGUUCGGAAGGAAGCCGAGAGCUGUGAUUGCCUGCAGGGCUUCCAGCUGACCCAUUCACUUGGUGGGAGCACCGGCUCUGGAAUGGGCACCUUGCUCAUCAGCAAGAUCCAUGAAGAGUAUCCUGACCGCAUCAUGAACACCUUCAGUGUGGUGCCCUCACCCAAAGUAUCUGACACUGUGGUUGAGCCCUACAAUGCCACCUUCUCUGUCCACCAGUUGGUAGAGAACACUGACGAGACCUAUUGCAUUGAUAAUGAGGUCCUCUAUGAUAUCUGCUUCCGCACCCUCAAGCUGACCACACUAACCUACGGAGACCUGAACCAUCUUAUCUCAGCCACUAUAAGCGGUGUUACCACCUGCCUCCGCUUCCCUGGUCAGCUCAAUGCCGACCUCUGCAAACUAGCAGUCAACAUGGUGCCCUUCCCACGUCUCCACUUCUUCAUGCCUGGAUUUGCCCUGCUAACCAGCCGUGGGAGCCAGCAGUACCGGACUCUCACUGUGCCUGAGCUCACCCAACAGGUCUUCGAUGCCAAGAACAUGAUGGCUGCCUGUGAUCCCCGCCAUGGCCGGUACCUCACUGUGGCUGCCGUUUUCCGGGGGCGGAUGUCCAUGAAGGAGGUGGAUGAGCAGAUGCUCAACGUACAGAAUAAGAAUAGCAGCUACUUCGUGGAAUGGAUCCCCAACAACGUCAAGACAGCUGUCUGUGACAUCCCACCCCGUGGCCUCAAGAUGGCAGUCACUGUCAUUGGUAACAGCACUGCCAUCCAGGAGCUCUUCAAGCGCAUCUCAGAGCAGUUCACCACCAUGUUCCAUCGGAAGGCCUUCCUCCACUGGUACACAGGCGAGGGUAUGGACGAGAUGGAGUUCACCAAGGCUGAGAGCAACAUGAACAACCUCGUCUCUGAGUACCAGCAGUACCAGGAUGCCACCGCAGAAGAGGAGGAAGAUUUCGGUGAGGAGGCCAAAGAAGAGGCCUAA